AUGGCGGUUGUUCUGCGUCUCCGUAAUAUCGUAAAGUUGCUGGGAGCAUCGACUGUUGCAGCAGGAGGAUUAUACGUGGUCGUAGCAAAUACGCCGGUAUUGGAGAAAAAAGCUGAUGCCUGGCUUUUCAACAAGACGCUGGUGUCUUACAAUGAACUAGCUUCUAUCCACAAGGCGGCUCAUUUCGCUUCGUUGCGUGAAAUAUCCUCGCACGAUCCUGCGCUCGUUGAGAAGAAGCAAAUUCGCAUCGUGGACGUUGGAAGUGGGACCGGAGUCAAUGCUCCGUUUUAUCCAAAGAAUGCUGUCGUAAUCGGCGUGGAUCCGAACCCCGAGUUCGAGUCUUAUUUUAAGCGGCGGCUCGAUCAGAGUCAGGUACAAAUCGAGAAGUAUAUUGUGGAUCAAAAUGACUGCAUUACUGGCAAGCUUCUCUGUUCUUUAAAUUGUGCUGGAAACCUUGGGCAAGAUUUCCUUCCGAAAAAUAAUGGCUACGUUGUAGCAAAAUUGCACAAAAUCAUUGACCUCCUGGCCAAGUUUGGCGACGUGACGCCAAUGCAGGUCGAAUUCCGUUAUGAGAAAUACCGUGUCAACGAACUGUCCAAAGGCGAAGACAUGAAGCAAAUACCCGAUGCAUCCGCGGAUGUAGUGAUAACUACCAUGACCCUGUGCCAUGCGGACGAUUUGGAGAAGUUCGUUGACGAGAUCAAACGAAUUUUGGUUCCUGGUGGUAAAUAUUAUUUCUGGGAACACGUGGAUCAUUUCCACAAACGACAUCGGCACGAGGCACGAACGUUGCACAGCAACGUGAAAUUUGUUUUGAAGAUGCUUCUGCAGCCUCAUGCGAAACAUUCGCACUCGACGGAAGCUCAUCAUCAGCACGUUGAGCAUCAAAAAGAGAUGAGUGCAGAAGAAGAGCUUCUGAGACGCAAAGGGUUUUCUUCCCUUUGGACGCUGAUAAAGUUUGACUUUCUGCUCCAGAUGCUCGUCCUCAAGCUGUCCAACAGUACCAAGUGGUCUGCGACGAGCGGGAACAAGCUUCCUGACUUAGUGUAA